AACACGAGUUCGGGUUCAGUGAGGGGUCAGACACUCCAUGUCUUGAAUCGCAAAAUACAUCAAUUCUUGAAUAUACCCUACGCUGAGCCCCCUUUAGGCCCACUCAGGUUCGCCCCUCCCCUACCCCUCAAAGCACCCAAACAGAAAGUGGGUCUCAAACCAGUCAUGUUUUGGAUAUAUGGCGGAGCACUGAGUUUGGGAUCAAUAUUUCAAGACGUAAAUAAUAUGAGUAUUUUGGCCGCCAAUGAUGUGGUUGUGGUUGCGGUUAACUAUAGGGUCGGGCCGUUGGGGUUCCUCUACGGCGGAGAUCAGACAGCGCCCGGAAAUGCGGGCUAUUAUGAUAUGGUGUUAGGACUAAAAUGGGUUAAAGAAAAUAUACAUAACUUUGGUGGCGAUAAAAGUAGGAUAACCAUAUUCGGUCCCAGUUCCGGAAGUAUAGCGGUGUCGGCACUAAUACUCUCUCCGGUAUCUAAGGGUCUGUUUAAGAGGGCUAUUAUGCAGAGCGGGUCCGUUAUGUAUAACAAAGAUCGUCCGGCGCUCAGCGCUAUUGAAGCCCUUCAAAAAGCUAAACAAUUAGCCAAACGAUUAAAUUGCGAUAAAUAUGAUAAUAAAUGGUUGCAAUACAUUGAAUUAAUGGCUGGAGUGACCAAAGACGAGGGCAUAUCAAUUGCACCGACAUUUAUGCCAGAAAUGAGGAACGAACCCACGGAACGACUAUUCCGGAAAGCUGUCAACGAUUUGAGCGAUGAAUACCAUAACAUAGAUGUGGACAAAGUGUGCGAUCAUUAUCUCAAUGGUGUCCACAAAACCAAUUCAACGCAACUGAAGGCAGCGUUUAAUGCAUUAUAUGGCGAUUUUACCAUCACUUGUCCCACAUAUCUGUUUGCCAUAAAUUAUGCCAAAAGGGGUCCGGCACCAGUGCCGGUCACGCCACAGAUCAAACCACAUGACGUUUGGCCACAACUUUGGGACAAAUCUGUGAUUCGAGUGAAAGACUUGAAUCCCAACGAUAUGUCACUUAUUCUCGACAAUCCAUACGAGAGAGUAGUGAGGGGUCGGACACUACAUGUGUUGGACACAAAUGUGGAUCAGUUUGUGGGCAUUCCAUACGCCGAACCCCCGGUCGGCAAACAUAGGUUCGCAAAACCCGAACCCAUUUCUAAACCAUUUCCCGGUAUAAUCGAUGCAACAAAAGUCAAAAACUCAUGUAUGCAAAAUCCGAGUCAGUUUCCAAUCAGUCCGGACUCACCCCUCAGUGAGGACUGUCUGGUGCUUAACAUAUGGACAACAAAUACCACAGCAUUAAAGCCAGUGAUGUUUUGGAUAUACGGCGGCGGACUUAUUAUGGGUUCAAUAUUUCAAGAAAUAUAUAAUGGGAGCGCUUUGGCCACAAAGGAUGUGGUGGUUGUGUCCGUCAACUAUAGGUUAGGACCGUUUGGGUUCCUAUAUGGGGAUCGGGAGGACGCGCCCGGAAAUGUCGGCUUUUAUGACCAGUUGUUAGGCUUGAAAUGGGUCAGAGAAAAUAUCCACUCAUUUGGCGGAGAUAGGGAUCAGAUCACCAUUUUUGGUGAGAGCGCCGGGAGUUGGUCGGUGUCCGCACACAUACUCUCCCCGCUAUCAAAAGGUAUGUUUCAGAGGGCUAUUAUGGAAAACGGGUUUAGCGAACCUAAGUUUGCCGACCGGGGGUUCGGCGUAAGGAAUGCCCACAAACUGAUCCACAUUUGUGUCCAACACAUGUAG